AUGCCAUUUGGAACACAUGUGGUUCAAUACAAUGCUACUGACCCAUCUGGAAACACUGAUAUCUGUCAGUUUACUGUUAAAGUAAAUGAAAUGCCAAGAGCACAAUGUGAAAGCCCGCCCCAAGUUCUACACGGAAUAGUCUCAUGCCAAGACAGAGAGACUUUAACAUGUGGCAUCGACUAUUGCUAUUCAGGAUACAUACAGACAAAUAAUCAGAGUUACACUUGCCAGAAAGGAGAAUGGACACCAAAGUUCUCUUCUGAAUUUCAAACAUCUAGCUGUUUCAAGCCAGAACCUACUAAAUUAGACAGAAACUACACAUUCAGUUUUACGUGUCCUAAACUUAAGUUUAGUCCACUGGACCUAAGGGACUGUAUACGGCAAUCAGGGCUUUGUCCAUCAGGGGAUAUUUUACUGUGUGACAAGCCUUUUCAGAGAAUUGAGGGAAAACAUCUCUCAGCUGAAGAUCUUCAGAUAUGGACAACAUUGGAGGGAAUACUACCGUAUCAGGCAAAUAAAAAUGAGCUCAUUACAAGAAUGGAUGUCCAUGGGAUUUCUAUAGCCAACUAUUUUACUAAUGGAACAUUUAAAGACGUUUGCCACCAACUUAAAUGCCAGUUUGAAAAAAUUAAAGCUGAUCCAAUACGAGAGAUUUGUGGUAUUGGGACAGUUGAAUACUUAAUGGAAGGAAGAAAAACGUGCAGGAAAUGUGGUCCAGGUUGGUAUUACGACAAUGGCGAUUGUGUCCAGUGCUCUGAAGGUUUUUAUCAGGACCAGUUUGGACAACAAACGUGUGAAAAAUGUCCUGAAGGAACUACAUCAGUGAUAGGAACUUUGAUAAAAUCAGAAUGUUAUAUAGAAGUGAUUGUGGAAAAGCAGGCAUCCUCUUCUUCCUUCAACACAUUGGCUCUGAUAGGGAUAGCCAUAUCUGGUUUAUUGUUGUUGGUCUUUGUUAUUUUGGUUGUAUUGGUCAAUAAAUGGAGAAUGUCUGCGAACAAAAAGAAUUCAGAUGAUAAUACAAGAAGAAAUCAAGACUCUCACACUGGUUGUAGCGAACCACAAUCUGAAGUCUAUGAUGAAAUAAAGGAUGAUGCGGUGCUUGAGGGAUAUGUAAUAUACAAGCCAGGUGAUACAAUAUCAUGUGGUGUUUAUGAAACUCUACCAGGAAGAGAGCGUGUCGAAAACCCUUACACGAGAAUAAGUUGGAGAAAUUACUGAUUUGUAAGGAGAAUUGGAAAAAUUACUGAUUCGUAAUAAACAACUGAGAUCAUUAAAUUUGCAUUGUAGUUAAAAAAUCAAAACAUAUAUAUGUACAUGUACAUUGUGUAAGUUAAGUACCGGUGAUUCUCAUUUCCCCGUUCUAUAUAAUU